CGCUUCGUUCCCGCUGAGUGGAGGCCUCGCGAGAUCGUUUGAUGAGGGGCGUAGCGGAAGCUCUUCUGCGGCUCUCCUGCUGAGAGGGCGGAUUGGCCCUCGCUGUUUCCCUUGUCUAUGCGAAAGACAGAGCCAGGGGCCGGGCAGAAAGGGCGGCGCGGACGAGAGGGAGAGCUAAGCCGAGCGUUCCCGGAGAAGGCUUCAGCGAGAGAGCGCCUUUUCCUCUUCAUUGCCAUCCAAGAGCGACCCGAGUAUGGAAGCUGUCGCCAAAUACGAUUUCAAAGCCACCGCAGACGAUGAGCUCAGUUUCAAACGGGGAGAUAUUCUUAAGGUUUUGAAUGAAGAAUGUGAUCAAAAUUGGUACAAGGCAGAACUCAAUGGCAAAGAUGGCUUCAUUCCCAAAAAUUAUAUUGAAAUGAAACCACAUCCGUGGUUUUUUGGGAAGAUACCUCGAGCAAGGGCUGAGGAGAUGUUGGGUAAACAGAGACAUGAUGGUGCCUUCCUCAUCAGGGAGAGUGAGAGUGCUCCUGGUGACUUUUCCCUCUCAGUCAAAUUCGGAAAUGACGUACAGCACUUCAAGGUGCUUCGAGACGGUGCUGGCAAGUAUUUCCUCUGGGUGGUAAAGUUCAAUUCUCUGAAUGAGCUGGUAGACUAUCACAGAUCAACCUCUGUCUCCAGGAAUCAACAGAUAUUCCUCAGAGACAUUGAACAAGUGCCUCAGCUGACUAGCGGAGCCGGGUUGGCUCCUAGAGGCGCAGCAGCGCAGAGGAGGAGACUGCAGGGAGGCGGCGGCUUGGAUUCUGCCCUCCUUUCUGACCCUGUGCUGGGAGAAUCGGAGGGUGAAGAGGCUGGGGCACUGCAACGAGGUGGCGAUGGCGACGGUGACGACAUCCAGCAACCCUCAUACGUACAGGCUCUUUUUGAUUUUGACCCUCAGGAGGAGGGAGAGCUCGGCUUCCGCCGUGGAGACUUUAUCCAGGUCCUUGACAAUUCUGACCCCAACUGGUGGAAAGGAGCCUGCCAUGGACAAACAGGCAUGUUUCCACGCAACUACGUAACCCCAGUGAACCGGAACAUCUAGAGCAGAUUGCUAAAGAUUAUUUAAGGAAACGGGAAAAACAGUAAACUCCGCAUUCAGAAUCUAACAGCAGCCAGUGAUCUCCAGUCAUCAGGCCAUAAAAUCGAGUCCCCUCUCUGCCUGAGGGGGAACACUUUUUUUCACUCAGAAUGGAACUUUGUGGGGAGGGGACAGGAGAAGGGUCCAAUUUACGCACCCAAACUUAUCUUUAAAUUAAAAUGGAUAUUAACAGAUUUCUUUGGUUAUUUCUGGGGUGGCCCCUUUUGUUCAUUGGUCCCUUGUCUCCCCAACACCAGUGCACCAGUGCAUCAGUGUAUGAAGUGUUAUUGCUAUAUGAAGUCCAUGCUAUGCCAUGAAAGGAAGAGAGGAAGCUCUGUUGGUAUCUGCUAUUCAUGCAAACGGUCUUCAUGAAGGGACUGAGAGAGGAGCCAAAAACCUUAGCCGUUUUUUUAAACCCACACACACGCACACGGCAGUCCUGCUUCUACCUUCAGUGUUUUGCUGAAGACUAAGAUAAGGUCUUAAUUUUGUUCCUCACUGCUUUUCAGUCUGAAACUUGUGCAGCUUUUGAGCAGAGGGGAAGAUGGUAAAUAGGUUGUAGGGCUUUUCUGAGAAAAUCUGUAUUGCAACCAGAUCAUGUUUUCAUUAAGCAGGACAGCUUUUAAUUUUUUUUAACUCUGUGGUUAAGCAAGUUCCUUGUUUUUUAAUUAGUGCCUUUCCCUCAUUUCCUAUUUUUAAAAGGACAGUUCACAUUUUUCAGUUUAUUCCUGUUUUUAUGUAAAUAUUUAAGGGAUUGAAUGAGAGGAAUGUAACUUUAUUACAUGAAAAGAUCGCCAUAUACCAGGUGGAGCUUUAAAAUAUGUAUAAGCCUCUGAUAUUUUUCAUACUAGUUGGGGAAAAGGCAUAAAAUGUUCCAAGACCCACAGCCCAGGGGGUCUUGAGCAAGAGAGAGUAAAUUGCCCCAGUUUGAAAGAAAAGGCAUAUUUUACAAAGCUUAGAAUGAAAUACCAAAUUAUUUUUCCCAAAGACAGUAAAAAGGUCUCAAGAAAUAGUGCUUACUUCUAGGGAAUGCUUGACCCCAGUGCUUGGGGGUGAGCAGUCCAGCCCUCUCCCAAGUUGGCUGACUCACAGUUGCAAUCCGAGACUCAUUCGCAAGAGGGAAUUGCCUUCCAGCAGCUCCCCAUUUUUCUACACCAGUAUUACUGUAGCUGCAGGAGUCAAGUUUUACUCUCAAAUCCCGGGAGAUUGUGUUCAACUUUUUAUCCUGAUGAAACUCAUAGGUGCCAUGUGUAAUACUAUGAAUGGACUUAGACUUUAAGACAAGGGAGAGCAACCUGCAGGGCUCCAGUGCCAACCAGUUACCUUAUUUCCUUUUGCUGAGCCGCAUGCCUGGAACUUCCACCUUAGUAACAGACCCCAAAGCUACCACAGAGACCUUCCCUUGCAGAGAUGUGCUGUUCUGCCCAUGGGGAGAAAAACACUUUGUUGGUGGGUGCCUUUUUAUACUAAGUGUUACAGGUGUUAUUCUUGAGAUGGACUCUGCCUUAUAUUUCCAUUUCUCUCAGCAGGUGAAAAAAGAAAGCUACCCUGUAGCAUAUUAAUUUCUCACGUUUUUCUUGCUAGCUGUCUCUCUCCCCCCCUACUUUCUUCUUUUUUAAAAUUAUUGGAAAAGGAAUCUAUGGCAUUCUACAUUCGGACCAUUUGAUUGUUUUUCUUAUUUUGGAAUUGGUGUAUAUCAUGCAGCCUUGCAGACAUAAUGUCUUGUGUGUAUAUAUAUAUUAAAUCAGUGUUUAAAUAAAAACAGGCCUAUGUACGUAAUCCGUUAAUGCAGCAGCAUUUGGUAGAUAGUCAUUAACUGUGAAUAAUAAAUAUACAACAAAUUCUUCACUUGAA